AUGAUGGAUGCGGGUGCUGCAGAAGGCAAGGUUGCAACAUUCGAAUGUACUCUCUCCCGAGAUGUUCCAGUCAAGUGGUAUAAGAACAAGGAUGAGAUCAAGGCCGGCCCCAAGUACGAAAUGGCCGCUGACGGACUCAAACGAACUCUUACCAUUUCCGAUGUUGGCUACAAUGACGAGUCUAACUACAGCUGCAAGGCCGAAGAUGCUAAAACUACCGCUGCUCUUACUGUUCAAACUGUUGCAGUUGAGUUUGUCAAGAGCCUCAGCGACUUGGAAGUCACCGAGGGAGACGAAAUUGUUUUCAAUGUUGAACUCAAUCUUCCCGAUAUCAAACCAACUCAGUGGUUCCAGAACGGCAUGGAACUUACUCCUAAGUCUCCUCGAGUUACUAUGGAGUCUGAGGGUGCUAAUUUCACUCUCAAGAUUGCCAACUCCAACAUCAUGGACAACUCUGAAGUUAUGUUCAACGCCGCAGGUGUUCGAUCUCUCGCCAAGGUCAAGGUCAACCAGGCUGCUCUUCGAUUCACCAAAGCUCUCGAAGACAAAGAGGCCGAAAACAAAAUGGCCUCUGUUGAGCUUGAAUGUGAACUCAGCCGAGCUAACGCUAACGUGCAGUGGUUCGUCAACGGCGCUGAAAUCUUCCCAUCCCGAAAAUUCGGAAUGGGCAUUGAUGGAGCUAAACGAUCUCUCGUUAUUCACGACAUCUCCUACGAUGAUGCUGCUGAGUACACUUGUGAUGCUGGCGAAGUCAAAUCCUCUGCCAAAUUGAAUGUUAUCCCAGCUAACAUCAAAUUCGUCACUCCACUUGCUGAUUCCGAAUGCUUUGAGCGAGAAAGCUUUUCCUUUGAAGCUGAGAUUACUCACGUCAACAUGGAGGGCAAGUGGUUCUUCAAUGGUGAAGAAAUUGCUGCUUCUAAGAAGAUCGAGAUGUCCGUUCAGGGAACUGCACACAUUCUUACCAUCAAUGACGCCACUCAGGAAGAUGCUGGAGAUUACAAAUUCGUUGUCGAAGGUGUUGAGACCGCUGCCAAGCUUGCUGUCAAAGAAAUUCCAGCUAAGUUCGUUAAGCGACUUCAAGACGAAGCCUCUACUGAGAAAGAAGAGUGUGUUCUCAGCUGUGAAGUCAAUCGACCAAACGCUGAGGUCGUAUGGAAACUCAACGGCGAGCCAGUUUCUGCUGGUGAUCGAUAUGAUUUCGUUUCUGAUGGUCGACGACGAGCUCUCGUUAUCAAAUCUGUUGUCCAAGAAGACGAAGGUAAAUGGACUUGUGAUGCCGGUGAUGACGAGACCACUUGCGAACUUGUUGUUGGUGGCCGAGACAUCCGAAUCACGAAGAAGAUGAUGGAUCUUGAAGCUGAUCUGAAGAUGUCUGGUUCUAUUGUCUUCCAGACUGACGGGGCCAAGCAGGAAGCCCGAUUCGAUGUUGUCGAAGCUCCAUGCGUUUUCAAGGCUCCUAUCAACGACAUCACUGUUCUCGAAAACGAAAACGGUGUCUUUGAAUGUACUGUCUCAAAGGGCGGUGCUGAAGUCACCUGGUUCAAGGGCCGAACCAAGCUCCAUCUCUCUGACAAGUACGAAAUGGUCGCCAAGGACUUGGUCCGAAGUCUUAUUGUCAAGAAUGCUUCUUUCGAUGACGAAGCCCAGUUCAGCUGCCAAGUUGGCGACAGCAAGUGCGCUGCUAAGCUCUCUAUCACCACCAUGCAAGUGAACAUCCUCGAGCCAUUUGGUGAUGAGACCAAGACGGUUGGGGAACCUCUUGAGCUCGUUGUCAAAGCAUCUGAAAUUGAUCAAGAGGCACGAUGGAUGAUCAAUGGCAUUCAGGUCCGAGCUGACGACAAUGUUGAAUUUUUCGUUGAUGGACCUAACUACGGCAUGCGAAUCAAGGCUGUUUCACUUGAAAUGUCUGGUGAUAUUUCUGUUUCGAUCCUCAAUGCUAAGCACACUGCUGCUUUGUCUGUCAAGGAAUCCGCCGCUAAGUUCACCACUCCAUUGAACGAUAUUGCAGUUGAGAACGCUACCAAGUCUGUUACUUUCGAAGCUGAGCUCAACCGAGCGAACGUAAAUGUCAAGUGGUACAAGAACGGUGAAGAAAUCGCUGCCAGCAGAAAGUUCGACAUGAUUAAGCGACAAACCUCUGUCAAGCUUAUCAUCAGCGACGUCAACUAUGAUGAUGCCGGUGUCUACGUCUGCGACUGUGGUGAUGACCAGACCGAAUCUGCUUUGGAAGUCACUGACCAGAAUAUCACUGUCGUCGGUGCUGGUAUCCAAGAUACUGUUGUUAUCGAGCGAGAUACUGCUGAGUUCGAGAUUGAGAUCUCUCACUCUGAUAUUCCAGCUGUCUGGAUUCUUAAGAAGGGCGAUGAAGAAGAAGAACUUGUUGCUUCGAAAUCUGUCGAGCUCGGUGCUUUCCGAACCGUUCAUAGCCUCAAGCUCUAUAAUUGCGAGCUCUCUCAAUCUGGUGAGCUCAUCUUCAAAGCUGGUAACCUUGUCACCAGCUGCAAAUUUGAUGUCAAGGAGCCUGGUGCCCGAUUCACUAAGCGACUUGCUGACCAGUCUGCAACUGAAGCUGAUUCCGCUGUAUUUGAAUGUGAAAUUUCUCGACCUAACGCUGACGUCAAGUGGUUCCACAAAGACGUCGAAGUCGAGGCUGGCGAUAAAUAUCAGAUCGAAGUUAGCAACCGACGACGAACUCUUAUCGUCUCCAACUGCUCGUCUGCUGAUGAAGGAGACGUCAAGUGUGUCAGUGAAGAUGAUGAGACCAUUGCGCAGCUCCAGAUCGAAGGACGAGACAUCAAGAUCCUUAAAAAGCUCUCCGACAUGGAGGUCACUGAGGGCGAGUCUGCCAGCUUUGAGCUCGAUGUCAACUACGAGAACGUCACUGGCUCGUGGGAAGUCAACGGCAUCGCUGUUGAAGAUGGCGACGUUUUCGAAACUUCUGUCAGAGGCAAAAAGCAUAUCCUCAAGGUUAAGUUCGCUGCCACUGAACACACCGGUAUGGUUGUUUGGACUUCUGGCCGCGUCAAAGGAACUGCCAAUUUGGCCGUUCUUGAAGCUCCACCAAGCUUCGUUCAGCAGCUUGAAGACAAGGUCUGCGAAGAAAAAUCUAAGGCUACCUUCUCCUGCCGACUUUCACGAUCUGUCAAGACCAGAUGGCUCAAGGACCGACGAAUCCCUAUCCAGGCUUCUGAUAAAUAUGAGAUCGUUGAUACUGAUGGCCAGCGAACUCUCAUCAUCAAUGACUUGACUUACGAUGACGAGGGAACUUACACUUGUGAUGCUGAGUCUACAAAGACAACCAUGACACUGACUGUCUGUGCCCGUGAUAUCAAACUCAAGGCUCAGAUGUCCGACUCUACCGCUGCUGAAGGAUCUGUCGGUGAAAUGAGCUUCGAGCUCACUCACACUGAAGUCGCGGUCACUUGGUUCCGAAAUGGUCAAAAGCUUGCCAAGUCUCGAACUAUUGAGAUGGUUUCCGAGCCGACUGAAGAUGGCUGCAUCUACAAGCUUCUUGUCAAAGAAAUCGGACAAGAUGAUGGUGGAGUUAUUUCUUUCAAUGCCGAGGGUAUUCAGGGAGAAGCUAGCCUUUCUGUCUGUGCUACUCCUGUCGACGUUCUUGAGGAGCUUCCGAAGACUGUUGUCAAGGAAGGCGACGAAGCAUCUAUUUCUGUCACCGUUUCCGACCCACGAGCAACUGGACAAUGGUUCAUCAACGGCGUCAAGCUUAACCGAACUGAUCGAAUCCGGCUGGCCAAUGAUGAUGGAAAACAUACUCUUACCAUCAAGAACGCCACUCGAGAUGAAGCUGGCGAAGUUGUCUUUGUUUGCAACAACGCCAAGUCAACCAACGAGAUCAUCGUCAAGGAGCCACCAGUUACUUUUACUCGAAGCAUGAUCGAUCAGUCAGUCACUGAAGCGUCAAUUGUUGAAUUUGAGAUCGAAAUCAACCGACUCAACGGCAAGGUCGAGUGGGUCGAUGGUCAGGGUGCUGUAAUUUCCAACGAAGGUCGAUUCGAGAUCGUUUCUGAGGGACGACGACGAAAGCUCAUCAUCGAUAACGUCCGGCUUUCUGAUGCUGGUGAAAUCACCGUUCGAGGCGUCAAGGAUGAAGAAGAUGAUGAAGUCAACUCUGCAGUUGCCAAGCUCGAAGUUGCUGCUCGAGAUGUUAGAAUCCGACGACACCUCCAGGACCAACAGUGCUACGAAGGAGAGCAGACCGACUUUACCUGUGAUACUUCUUUUGCAGAUGUCAGCCCACACUGGACUAUCAACGGCCAGCUCCUCCAGGAGUCUGAAGACGUUGUCUUUGAGCAAUCUGGAACUCGCCAGCGACUUGUCCUCAAGAACGUUCAGCUUACUCAGGCUGGCAAGGUCGAGUUCUAUGGCAAGACCGCUGCUUCUCUUACCGUCCUUGAGUCACCCGUUGAUUUCACAGAAGAGAUGGAUAACAUCGAAGUUGAGGAAAAGACCCAGGCUGAGUUCAAGUGCACUCUAUCUCGAGCCACUGCUCAGGUCAAAUGGUUCAAGGGACGACGACUUCUCAAGCCAGGCAAGAAGUACGAGAUGAUCGAAGAUGGGCCUCACCGAAUUCUCCGAAUUCCAAAGGUCGAAUUCGCUGACGAAAAGGACUACUCUUGCACAUGCGAUGAUGCUAUUGUCACUGCUAAGCUGAAAGUCCAGCCAAGAAACAUCCUUAUGGUUUCGAACCUCAAGGACGUCAGCGUUUCAGAAGGAGAAACCGCCGUUUUCGAAUGUGAGCUUUCUCAUGAAGAAGUUGACGCUAUCUGGUACCGAGAUGGAAGCCGUAUCAUCAAAUCUGCUCAGGUUCAGAUGGAGACAGACGGCAAGAUUGCCCGACUCACCAUCAAGAACACUUCUGAAGACGAAGAUAAUAAGUCUGAGAUCCAGUGCAGAGCUGAGGAUGCUCUUUCUUCUGCUAUGCUCAUGGUGAAGGGACUUGAUCUUACGAUUGUUGAGCCACUCAACGAUAAGUAUGCCUUCUCCAUGGGCGCUCAAGCGGCUUUCUCUGUCAAGGUUAGCCAGCCAAACGCGAAGGGCGAGUGGUACCUCAACGGAAACCAGAUUCGAAAGUCUGCUGACAUCGACAUUCCAUUGGCCAAGGGAGAAAUUCACAAGAUCACUUUCGCCAAGGCUCACAAGGGAAUCGUUGGCACUCUCAAGUUCCGACUUAGCCGAACUGGAGAAGAAUGCCAGGCCCACGUCAAGGUCUCUGGUGACCCAUGCAAGCUUGUCCAGUCUCUUCCCAAGGAAAUCACUGGAGAUCUGGAUAUGCCACUCGUCUUUGAAGUCAAACUCGACCGAAAGCCCGAUCCCGAGUCCUCUGGAUGGAGAAAGGAUGGAGUUCCUCUGGAAAGAUGGGAUCCACACUACAAGUUCCAAGAACUUGAUGACGGCAAACACCAAAAGCUCAUCAUUCCCGUUGCUUCUGCUGAAGAUGUCGGCCACUACUCAUUCGACACUGGAGAUGAAGAGUCAACUUGUGCCGUCAGCAUCAAAGGAUUUGCACCACCACCACCCCCACCUCCUCUGGAGAUUGAAUUCGUGGAAGGUCUUGUCGAUGAAAUGAUCCUCGAAAACGAUAGCGCUACGCUAUCUUGCAAGUUAAACUCGGAUGCUAAGCUCCGAGAAGCUCCAGUCGUUUGGUAUCACGACGGAAAACAAAUCGGCACCGAUCAAAUUGAUCAGUACAAGAUUACUGCUGACGGGCGUAGCCAUAGUCUCACCAUCCGAAAAGCCAAGUACUCUGAUACUGGCAUGUGGAUGGCAAAAACUGGCGACAAGCACACUGAAGCUAAAGUAACUGUUAAAGAACUCACUCCCGUUUUCGAAUCUGGACUCUCCGACCGAACCGUUCGACUUGGCGCUGAAGAGACUACUCUCUCCGUUGUUGUUUCUUCCCCACGGGCCAAAGUCAUCUGGAAGAAGGAUGACGCUGAAAUCACCGCUGGCGAUAAAUUUUUCAUGGAUCAAGACGAAAAGAACCGAUCUCUUACCAUCAAGAAUGCUGAGAUGGAAGACUCUGGCAAAUACACCUGCCAGCUCAUCGGUGGCUCUGAUACUUUCGGCAAGGUUACUGUCCAAGACUCUCCAUUCGAUACUGAGCCACAGGACAAAACCGUCUUUAUCGGAGACGAAGUUGCUUUUGAAGUUCGAACUAAGGAGUCUUCUGCUGCUUGCGGCUGGUCUGUGAACGACGAAACUCAGGAUGAUCAGUUCUUUACUCCUCCUGCAUCUGGCUUUGACCGAAAACUUGUCAUCAAGUCUGCUGCUGCUAAGCACACUGGCAAGGUCAAAUGCCACGUCGUUGGAUAUGAAGACCGACCAGUUGAAUGCGCCUUGAAGGUCAUUGAACACCUCAAGAUUCAGAAGGAACUUACCAAAUGGUCUGGCAAGGAAGGUCAGAAGGUCACUUUUGAAGUCGACGCUAACAAGGCUGCUGAUGCUACCUGGUACGUGAACCGAAAGGAAAUCUCCGACUCUCGAUACGAAGUUACUGCUGAUGAGGGCAAAUUCGCCCUUUCUUUCGUUGCUUCUGUUGAUGACGACGAAGCCAAGAUUGAAGUGACUCUUGCUGGAGAACUCAAGGAGUUCCAGACUUCUUCUACUACCAUGUCUGUUGAGUCCAAGGGUACUGCACCUAAGAUCGGUUCUUCCGAAGAUGCUUACAUCCUCUGCGGCCAGGCUGACAAGUUCACCUUUGAAGUCAAGGGCAAGCCGGUUGCCGACGUCACUGUUGUUCAUGCUGAUACUGGCAAGGAAAUGACUGUUGAACGCGAUGCUGAAGUCAAGGUUAACAGAAUUGUUAACUUCGCUACUGUUGAACGAUCUGAUGCCGGUGCCUACACAAUCACCGCCAAGAACGAGAAUGGCGAUGACAGUGCUGUUAUCAACGUUUUUGUUGUGGACAAGCCUUCUGCUCCAGUCAACCUCACUGUCACUCGAAUGACCAACAACUCCUGUGGCUUCUGCUGGAACGCCCCUGCUGACAACGGUGGCGCUGCUAUUAUCAAGUACCACGUUGAAUACAAGACUGAGUCUGAAGACUGGACUCGAUCUACUGUCGCUGUUGAGGAGACUGCUUUUGUUGCACGAAAACUCACCAAGGGCGAACACAUUGAAAUCCGCGUCGCUGCCGAAAACAAAGCUGGUAUGGGUGAAUUCUGUGACAUUGUUGGCCCCAACGAGAUCACCGACGGUGUCUUCCCACCUGGAUUCCCCACUGGAAUCAAGAUCGACCAGGGUGGAGUCCGAGCCAAUAAGGUUCCUCUCUCCUGGGAAGCCCCAACUACCGACGGUGGUGCUCCAAUCACUGGCUACAUCGUCGAAAAGUGCAUUGAUGGUGCUGACAGCUUCGAGCCAUGUGGCGAAUCUGCUUCUACCAGCUUCGAUGUCACCCAAGUUUCGGCGGGCAAAAUGUACCGAUUCCGAGUCAAGGCGCAGAACAGCGCUGGUGUUUCCGGUCCUUCUGAGCCAUCCGCUCAGGUGCGAGCCGAAGACCCCAACAACAAGCCUGACGCUCCAACUGGUGUUACCGCCCAGAAUCCAACUAACAGCAGCAUCGACGUUUCCUGGACCGCGCCAUCUGGCAACCCAGUUGACCAGUACAUCAUUGAGGCCCUUCAGCAUGGCACUGAUGCAUGGGCUAAGGCUGGCAUCUGCCCAGCUGGCGAAUCUGCUACUACGAUCGAAGAUCUUGUCGCUGAUACCAAGUACUUGUUCCGAGUCUUUGGCCAGAAUAAGGAAGGCCUAUCCAUGCCAUCUGAAGUUUCCAACCCAUGUGUCACUCUCGCUGGCGAAGCUCCCGACAUUGAACCCAACCUUGUCGCUGAAGAAUCUGUAUUCAAGGUUGUCAAGGGCCAGCCACUUCAGGCCAAGAUCAAGGUCGUUGGACGACCUAAAUGCGAAGUUGAAUGGACGAAGAACGGUGAGCCUUGGUUCGAACAUGCUCGAUAUGGUGGCGGUUUCGCUAACAUUUCCGUUCCCGCUGCUGUUGAAGGUGACUCUGGUGAUUAUGAAAUCGUCGCUAGAAACCGAGCUGGUGAAAAACGACUCGCUUUGAAGGUUUCUGUUCUCGACGCUCCUGGCCUCUGCACAGACUUGAAUGUCAAGGUUGGCAACACUCUCGAGUUCACUUGGACCAAGCCUCUUGAGUCCGGUGGAGACCCAAUCAAGGAAUACAUCGUCCAGCACAAGCAGGCUGAAUCGUCAAUCUGGCAAGAAUCUGGCCGACCAAGUGGCGAAGCUUUCCCCUUCUCUGAUCUUCCAUUGAACAAUAGCUACGAGUUCCGAGUCGCUGCCGUCAAUGGUGCUGGAGAGGGUGAAUUCGCCGAGUACGAGAAACCUGUCUUCUAUGGCGGUGGUGUCGUUUCCAACCUUCGAGUCGUCAAGACAACCAACGAUUCCGUGACUCUUGCUUGGGAGCCUCCAGCAUCUGCCCCCGUCACUGCCUCUGGUGGUUACAUGGUUGAGAUGCUCAAGGAAGAAGAGAUUUACUACCAAGUCUUCAGCCCUGGAAAACCAUCCAAGAAGCCCGAAUGUCUCGUUACUCCACUCGAGUACAUGUCCAAAUGGCGAUUCCGAGUCAAGUGCAUCUCCGAAGCUGGCCCAGGCGAGCCAUGCGAACCAACUGAAUGGGUUGCUGUCGAGAUGGACAAGGUUCCACCAUCAAUCGAGCUUUGGGAAGGUGCCGAAAACGGCCUCGACGUCAAGGUCACUCAGAACCGAAUGGUCAUGCCCGCCAAAAUCCAGGGUAAACCUCAGCCUGAGAUCUCUUGGGUCAAGGAUGGCUUCCCACUUUCCGUCGACUCUCGAUGGGGUGCUCCAAAGACUGGCAAGGUCGAGCACUACGUUCUUGAGAUGCGAAAGCGUCCUCAAAUCGACAACGCCGAGAAAGAAGCUGCCAAGGAGGCCGCCAAGGCUGCUGCAAAGCUUGCUAAGCAGGUCUUCAUGGCCAAACUUCCUCCAUUCAAGGAAGUUGAGAUCGCCGCUCCUUCUCUUGAGCUCGAAGUUGAAGUUAAUUCCAACAACACCGACAACAUUCACUGGAAGAAGGACGGACAGCGACUCAAGCAGUCUGACAACGUUGAAUUUGUCACUGACGGUAAUAUCCGCCGCUUGAUCAUCAAGAAGACAAUCUGCGAAGAGGAUGCUGGUGUCUACACUGCCAAAGUUGGCGCCAAGAAGACCGAAUGCCACGUUAGCAUUUCUCUCUUUGGCCAGAACGCCUCCAACAACACCAACGCUAACAACAACAACGACAAGGACUUUGACCUCAAUGGCGAAACCGUCGCUAUUGUCGAGCCCGCCACUAUGGAAAAGGAAUAUGAACUCGAGGAAACCAACCCAAACACGAACAACAACAACGCUGUGAAGAUCGAGGCUGCAGUUGACACUGCAGUUGAGUUAGUCAACAUUGAAAAAUCCCACGAGCGAGUUGUCUCUAACUGCGACUCUUGUAUUACAGCCGCGGCAAUUCUUGAAGCUGAGCGGGAACCGGACACUGACAAAAAGAACGGACAGGCCACGGACAAUGACAAACCAGAUGACAUGCAAAAGAUCAACAACAGGGCUAAAGAUGUCAAGUAUCAAGACCUGUUGGACUCUGCCUAA